AUGGACCAAGACAGCAGCAAGAAACGAACCCGGGAUGAGUUUGACGUCUCGAGUUCCGAUUCGCCCGAGACCAAACUCGCUCGGGUCGAUUCGGAUGCCAACACGCACGUUCCGGAACCGGACCGAGAUGACUCAGGUGAGGACCGAGUUGACCCGGACAACUCGGUUGUUAACUCACCAGAAGAAGCUAAGCGUAUCCAGGACGAUUUGCUCGACAUCUUUGACGACUCGGAUGAGCCAGCGAUUCAAGGGCUGGACUCGGUUAUCAGAAGCUUUGAAGAGGAGAUUCUCGUCGGAGCUCCGGUGCCGGAGAUGUCGUUGCAUUCAGGUGGUUCCCAACCUGACCUUGGUUACCUCCUGGAGGCCUCGGAUGACGAGCUUGGCUUGCCGCCGACUUUUACCUCCGGUGAGGACAAAUCUGCCGCCGCUGUCUCCGUUGUGUCAGCGGAGGAGGAGGGACCUGGAACUGUUGGUUUUGGUUGGAUGCUAGGAUUUGAGAACGAGAUACCGAAUUAUGACUCGUUUGAGUUUGGACUCGGUGGCAACCCGGAUGGAAAUCAAAAUGAUAGUGAUAAUAACGGGGAUUUUGUGGCGUUAGGUGGGUUGUUUGAUCACUCGGACGAGAAUUUUGUACCGGCCGAUAUUUCGGGGUUGCAGUGGCAGCCCGAGUUAUCGGCUCUGUGA